CAAGACCAACCACAAUGGAAGGGAGAUCUGCUGGACAAGGAGAUACAAGAAUUGCACCUCUUAGGACACAAUCCAAUGUUAUCAAAGCUGAGAAAAGAAGGGUUCAAAAAGGAUAUGGAUUAUAUGCAUCAGAAUCCACUGGAAACUCAUAUUUUAGGAGUCCUGGAAGUGACGUAAUCCAUGAAAUUCAUAUUAACAAUGCAAAUGAUGCUCCUGAAGCCUCUGCAAGCCAGACAGGAGCCUCUGCAAGCCAGACAGACCAUGUCUCAACCCAAACUUGUGGACCAUUUGGAACUCAAGAAUCUGCAAGUCAUGCCCCACACUAAUCUGCAUGUGUAUGUUCUGCUAAGUCUGAAUGUUUGCUGCAUAUUAUGUUACCCGAUAUGAAUGAAUGUGCUUUAGACUAAUCUUAAUAGGAAUUAUACCUGCAUUUCUGUUAUUCAAUGUUGGUUGAUUCCUAUGAGAAUUUAAUGUUGCUUUAGAAUUUAUACCUGCAUUCCUAUGACAAGGCUUAUGCUGGAUGAUCACUUCCCUAAGUUAGGCUAUUUCAGACAAUCCAUUAGUUGAAUAAUGUUGUUGUUAUGAAGCUAAUUCAGUUGUUGUUUUCUUACAGAGUAGUAUCUGCUGUUGGCCUUUCUAUUAAUGCAAGUGUAGCUAAUCAGAAGACAGUCCAAAGGCUGAUUUGUUCAUUAUCCUUGAAAAAUUCCUUGUAAUUAUUCCACGCAAACAUUUCUGUUUUUUUUUUUCUAUUUACUUUUUGAAAAGAUUCGAACCAUAUGGAAUGGUUCAGGAUGCUAUGGUCAAGACCCGAGAUAAAUGAACUUCAAGAAAGAUUCCACUCGGUGCAGGCCUUAUAUGUGACAACACUAAUGUCUUCGCUGAAAAGGCCGUUUUGGUCAAUUUUAGUGAUCUCUGUAAUUAUUCGAACAAUAUGGAAUGGUCGAGAAUGUUAUUGUCAAUAUUUUCAUGUA